AUGACGGCGUCCCCGGCGCGUUGCUCGCCGCUCCAGGUGACGUCGGGCUCGUCGGCGGCGUCCACGGCGCUGUACCGCGCGCCCUCCACGUACCGGGAGCCGGGCCGGCCGGCCAGGAACUCGGUCAUCAUCACCAGCCAGCCGGUGCGCAUCGGCCAGCAGCUCGACCUGGAGGCCUCGGGCAGCGCCCCGGUCGGCGUCGUCGCGCAGCCGCCCCCGCCGCCGGAGGGCCCCGCCACGCCCGCCACCUGGAGGCGACAGCUGUUCGUCAGGACCACGCUCGGCACGGACGGCGCGGCGGCGGGGAUGCCCUCCAUCCACGUGACGUCCAGCUCCACGGCGCUGGGCGUGGGCGGCACCGUUGGCGGCGGCAUAGGCGGCCUUAGCGACGCGGGUGGCACCCCCGUCGUCAACAUCGACUGCGCGGACGGCAAGUCCUGCUCCACCACGAUCCCCGUGCGGCCGCCGGCCGCCACGCACAGCCCCACGUUCAAGCCCUACUCCCAGGAGGUCCUCGACAAGUUCCUCAGCGACUACGCCACGGUUACGACCGCCGGGAAUGGCUCGGACCCCGCGGCCAACGGCAAGGAGCUGCUGCUCCAGUUGCAGCAGCAGCAACAGCAGCAGCGGCAGCAGCACGGCGACGCGGCGGCGGCGCAGGCGGCGUCUCCGGACGGCGACGGCGACAUAGAGCCCACCAACAGGCUGGCCAACCUCUACCUGGAGGACAACGCGGAGGGCGCGGACAACAGCACCGAGGACAAGAGCAAGUCGGUGCAGUGGUCCCUGCUCAAGUCGCAGCACCACAAGCACCCGUACGACGACCACAAGGGCUGGGUGACGCUGGAGCCAGUGCCCUGGUCGUCCAGCCAUGUGUCCAAGUGGCAGAGCAAUGUGCAGCCGGGCCGGCCCUGGGACAACAGCCCGUCGCCCAGCUCGUGGCACAACGACAUCGACCAGCGGCCCGCCGGCCCCGGCCCCGGCCACGGGCCCGGCAGCUACGCGCCGCCGCACCACGGCCCCAACAGCGGCUACCACCACAACCAGAACACGCAGAACUUCAACGGCAACGGAAACGGCAAUAACUGGCCCAGCAGUGGCGGUGGCGGGCCACCCAGGCCGUCCUGGGGCUCCCUGGACGGACCCUCGCCGUCGCAGUGGGACCAGGACCGGCCGGGGCCGUCGCAGGACUACCGCCCCGAGAGGCCGAGCAGGCCGUCGACGUCGUCCUGGGACGCCAACAGGCCCAACAAGUGGGAGCGGCCGAGCCAGCCCGACCAGUGGGUCAGCUCGGCGGACCCGGACAUCAUCACGGACAACAGCCCGCCGGACUUCCCCGCCCACCCCGCGCAGCAGGCCUCGCGCCCCGGCGGCUCCUACUCGUACGGCCCGGGCGGGCCGGCGUCGUCGGGCAGGCCGUGGGGCGGCGACCGCCCCCACAGAGAGCCCGGCCGGCACCCUCCCACGCACCCCGAGGAAGGCGACGGCACCUGGGUGCUGCUCUCCUCCACCAAGGGCUACUCCACGCCGCCCAGGGGCCGCCUGCCGCACCAGCGCGCCCUCACCGUGUCCACGCACCGCUCCGUCAGGCUGACCGUGCUGCCGCCCGAGAACGGCACCAACAUGACCACCUCGCACGGCGGGCUGCUGGAGGUGGAGGACACGCAGCACACGGUGGACGAGUCGCAGCGGCUGCACGCGGCGUCGCUGCUCAAGCACGCCUUGGACCAGCACCACAACGCCACGCUCAGCUCCUACGAGACCCUGGUGCGCGAGGCCGCGCGCGUGCACGAGGCCCAGCUGCUUAAGCAGACCCUGGAGGACCGGCGCCUUGCCAACGCCACGGCGCUGUCCCCCGCGCUCCUGCACUUCCAGCAGCAACAGCAGCAGCAGCAGCAGCAGGCCGACAAGCGCGCCGACAACAACACCGCCAGCAGCAUCCCCGCCGCGGCCACCAUCGCCGCGACCGCCAGCCGCGCCAAGGCCAAGACCAGCAAGUCCAGGACCAAGAUCAGGAUCGAGCCGAUGCCUGCCCCGCUGCGCCAGCACCACGCCGACGACGCGGCCGGCUUCACGGGUCGCGGGGAGGGCUCCGGCAUGGCGCUCAAGGUGGUGCGGCCCAACACGCCGUCGCGGCGCUCCAUGGCGCUGGCCGCGGUGGGGGCGGGCCUGCUCCCUGCCACCAUGGCCAUGCUGGUGCCCAUCAUGCUCGGCCGGCGGCGGCGCAGCGCGCCCAGCGUGGACGAGGACGCCGACCUGUACUACGGCAAGGCGGUGCAGGGCACGCUGCAGGGCACAGUGCAGGGCACGGCCUUCGACCAGCCGCUCGAGGUGGAGGACAGCCCUCCCCGCGUCCUGGACUUGGCGUCGCUGCCCUCGUCGUCCUCGUCGUCCUCGUGGCCGCGGCCUCGGCGACGCCGCGACCUGUGGCAGCGGCUCAGCAGGAUCUAGUCUGUUCUUUAUCGGCGCCAGUUUUGAUCGACGGGACACACUGACUGACGCGUGACGCCUACUGUGACGCGGGACGCUUUUGCUGUGACACGUGACGUGACGAGCGACGUGACUCAUGUGAUCCUGCUGAACUUUAACGUCGUGACGACGACCAGAAGAACACCCCAGACCGGAAAGGCGCACCCAGACGAGUACGGACAACAGCCUGGGCCGAUAGGCACAGCUACGGCACGGACACUACUAGACGAGAGAGCCGCGAAGGCAUUUUGGCUUGACCACCCACACUUGGACGUUCUGAACGGAAAGACGAGCGGCCGUCGUGAGUAUAGCGCGUGCAACGCAGUGCAACGAGACGACGUGUGCUUCCCCCUUUACCUGACGUCAUGACCGCUCGCUGAAGCGUGACGAGAAGACAUUCACUGACAAGCCGUGACUACCAACGACGGCCAACUUUCCUUUUUCAAACCACUGACUUGAAUAUUCAAACCACUGACUUGGAUAAUCUCACUUACGGACAAGAGGAAGGGCUGUUGUUUUUUAAGUUCCUUGACUGAUUGCAAAAUUAGUCAGCAUAGAUGUAUUAUUGUGGUCGAAGAGUAUUGUAUCGUGAAGAUUCAUGUACAAUAAUGUGUAAAUAGUAUGUACUUUGUGAAAGAUCUAUUUAUUUUUUGUAUAUAAUUGUUGUUAUUAAUUAUAUUGUUUUGACCCAGUCAGGCGAUCCCUUGUCUAAUCUGUCUAACUCUCUCCUCAGUUCAUCUCCUGUGACAGUAUGAAUCAAGAAUACGAAUAAUAAGA